CUUUGUCGUUGCCUGCUCCUUCGUCUAAGGUUACUCCAAUCAAGGAUGUCGUCACUGAGUUCAAAACUCCUGACUCUCUGCAAACGGCCGCAAGUCGCGGUACUAACCACGGAGGUCUGCUUUCAUCAAAUUUUGCCUUCAAAGGAAUAAAUGUGUCAUCACGGCGUUUGGCUCAUACCGACGUCAAAUUUCCGGACUUUUCUAACUAUCGUAGAGAGGUUACAUUAGAUACGCAGAAAGCUGCACGUGAUACCGAAGAUCAGCGGCGUUCGCUUGCCCAUGCUGUUUAUUACGGAGCUGGCGGUGUGAUGUUCUCUCGCUGCGAAGAAUUAAGCUUCAAGUUCGGUCUUAUUCAAGAUGGCUGCUGA